AUGAGCGACGCUCAGGUAGCUCCCACGCCGACCGCAGCACCGAUGCCCCACACCAUGCCUGGCGACUUCCCCAUGGCGACCGUGGAACCUGUGGGCAUUGCCGCCGGCCUGAGCCACCUCAACGGCCACACAGGUCCCAACGGCACUCCAGACGGUCUCAAUGGCGAGUCCGAGGCCGUUGCCAGCCCAACAGCGAACCGCUCGUCGGCCCGUGGUCUCACCCGCGACGACCUUCAGGCUAUGCGUGAGCAGGAGAUGGCUAGACAGCUGAAAGCCGACAUGGCCCGGCAGGCAAAGCUGGCCAAGUUGGCGGGAUCCGGGGUUGAGCCAGCGACACCAGCAGUCCCCACGACAGCCAGCGCGAAGCGCACCUCGUUUGCCUCUGACAUUGGUCGUGCAUUCGACGACAUUGCCAAGUGGUCGCCAGCACCACCUGUUCCGCCCAUACCCGCCCCUUUCCUCCAGCAGGCAGCGGUCCCCACAUCCCAUGCGGCGCCAACCUCAUCGCUCAAGGUACCCCCCGUCACACCGCAGCAGCAAAAUGGAACCAGCAAGCGCGUCUCCGUCUCUCCCGUACCCAGUCUCAAGUCCGGUGACGUCGAAAUGGCGGCCUUGGACGACGAGACGACCGUCUUCUUCAUCAGCGACGACAUGAAGUUGCCUCAUGAGAUUGAGCGGGAGCCAAAAGAGGACAAGGUCGAGCAAACGCUGCACAAGCGCGACGAAGAGCCACAGCACACAGACGAGGUUGUGGUCAUUCCCUCGGCUGAGGUUGCUCACCAAGGGGUUCCCCCCGUUGAGGAUGCACAGCCCGUAGCCAUCGAGGAUGCCCCGGCUGUUGUCAAAACUACUCCUCCGACGGCACCACUCGAGCUUACGGCCAGCCCCAGUAGCACGACCUCGACGCAGAGUCCCAAGAAGAACAGAAAGUUUGUGAUCGACGGCAAGUCGGGUCCGUUUGCGAACCGCGGCGUCUCGUGGGGGUCUCAGCAGCACGCUGCGGCUGCUGUGGCGGCGAGCGAGCCGGACAAAUCGAUUCCUAGUGCUGUCUCGGCAAGCCCGGCUCACGAUUCGACGGUCGUGCACGAUGGACACGACGGGCAUGUGGGCCUCGCGGCCGCUGGAGCCGGUGUGGUUGGAAUUGGGGCAGCUGUAGCUGCAGCCACACACACUAGAGGCGACGAGCCAGAGGCUACUGGCACAGUUCCAGACGUCACUGUUGGCGACGUCGAGAAGCCUUCAACCGCCCGCUACACCAUCGGAGCGUUUGAUACGGCAGCCUCGAGCACCUUUGACGACACACCCCGCAAUUCGGUCCCUCCCGUCCCUGUUCCUCCGUCGACCACCGUCGCGAUGGCAUCCGAGAACGGGCACGUCGACGCCGACUCGGCGUCGGCGUCGGCGACGGCCACCCCAUCGACCUUUGGCCCUGGGCCGCCUGCCCUCACCGAGCUCCAAGUUGCGUCGGACACGAGGCGUGGCGCGGACCGUGCCGCGUCCAGCUGCUCCAUCACUGCCAUCCAUGGAGGCAGCGAGGGCAACCCCAACCACCGUUCUCCCGUGGCCACCACGUCCCCGAAGGCGAUGGAGCCAGGCCUCACGCCCAGCGACUCGACCGAGACCUUUGAAGCACCAGGGUCGCCCCUCAGCGUGCCACCCACUCCCCUCUCGGCUACCAUGAUGCCUGUCGGUCCUAGCGACACCAAGCACGGUCUCGACCCCGCCGCGUCAAUGGCGAGUCUCGUCGCCAUUCGGGCGGGUAGGGAGGGAGUCCGUAACUCUGCCAUUGGAGGCGAGGCAGUGGCUGUGGGUUCGCCCGUGAAUGUAGGAUCGCCCCUCGCCAAGUCUCCCGCUGCUGUGGAUGACCUCGUUUACAGCGAGCAAGGCCACGACAGCGAGCAUGGCGACAGUGCCAGUUUCCGCGAGCCGGCGACCAUCGAGAACGCCACUGUCGGUACUGCCGCUGCGGCCACUAUUGCGUCAAAUGCUUCUGAGAGCUCGGUCAGGUCGACUGGGUCGCACUCGCAUGCAGAGCGUAGGGUCUCGCCUUCCGCCGGCAAUGUUCCAGUGGACACUUCUGGCACUGAGGCGGUUGGUGUCAGCGAUGUUACGGAGCGGAGAGACGUCGCGCCCACUCGGGCCGUGGUGACGGCCACGAACGUCCCCGUACCGCCCGGCGACCACACCCUUGCAGUGGGCCACAUCUCAAACCUCGGCCAGCCCCACACCUCUCGCGAGCCUGGCACCUACCCCGAGCCCCAGUACCACGGACCGGCCGUUCACGAGGACAAGUUCCGCGCUGCUGCUGCCGCCGCCGCCGCCACUGCGGCUGCUGCCACUGCGGCAGUCGCAGGUGCGAGUCUCGCCAAAGACCAUGGCGAACCGCCAGAGACGCCGGCCAAGCACCCAGACCACAACCUUGUCCGCGACGAGAAAGGUGCGGUUGUCGAAACGCUGUCGCCAACCGCGCCGAGCGGUGAGAUGCCCGACGAGGCAGCUGCGUCACCGGCUACUCCCCAACUGGAUAGGAACAAGGACCAACCGCCCUUACCUAAACCCAGCCCCAAGCGCGUCCCCGUGCCCUCGCUCCUCUCCGAGGCCGACAAGGCCGAGGAAGUCGCUGCCAACUCGACGCGCAACUCGACACGCACGGCGACGCCAACGAACGCAUCGCCAAAGGGCAACACCACGAGCCUCUCGGGACUCACCCCGACGCCGGCGUCGCCGAGUCAAUCCCCUCCUCUCGCCCGGGCCGCGUCGUCCGGCAUCGCGGGCGCUGGUGCGGGGCUGGCGGCCGCCGGCGCGGGCGUGUUUGCCGGCGCCAAGCUGUCGUCCAAGAAAUCAAUGGACAAGUUCAAGGCGUCCAAGCCCGUGGAGAGGGUCAGCCGCGGCUCGAUUGACGCGAGCACCAAGCUGCGCGCCUCGAUCGACAAGUUCAGCCACCCCACGGCCGACCCCAGCGCGCACCUGCGCGAGGGCAUGGACCGCCUCAGCCGCGGGUCCAUCGAUGCUGGCAACAUUGCGCAUUUCGCGUCGUUUGGUCGCUCACGCGGGUCGGCGGACCAUACCGGCCAGGCUCACCCAGGUAGCCCGGCUCACGCUCACGCGCACCCACAGCCGCUGGAGGUUGACGCCGACACGCUCGCGCACGCCGGCGACAGUGACCGGCGCAAGCACAGCCGGUCCGGGUCCAUCUCGUUCCUCACCGACUCGACUGCGCGGGUUGGCCGCCACGCCCGGUCCGGCAGCGAGCAGCUGAUUGCCCGGGGUAAGACAAUGUACGCCGCGACCACCUCGUCGGGGAUGCCUGGACGGGGAGCGGGCAAGGAGACGCUCGCAGAGGGCACCAAGGAGGAUGGUGAUCGCCACUCGAGGACGCUGAGCACCAGCGGCGUGGGUUCGUCGUCGUCUGGGGCAAAAUCGCCUUCUUCUGGCCCACCGUCUGCUAGCGACCGGAACGGCCCGACGCAUUCACGCCAGGCAAGCUCGAGCUCCAGUGCGCGUCAACGCCGUAUGGGUAUUCUGAACAAGCUCAAGGGAGAGGUGAAGAUUAUCAGUGGCAAGAUCUCAAAGAAGAGCACUUAG